GUGCUUACAACUUCAAAAUGUAGAUGAAUUAACACAAAACAUACUGGAAACAGAAGAAAACAAUCAAUUCAUCUUUGGAACAAAAUUUUUUAAGUCAGUCAGUCAAAGUGAAUCAAAGCAGUCACAGGAUAUACAGCAUUUGGAAGCACAUUGUGUGAAUAGAAGAAAAGUGUAAAGAAAUCGAGCAUCUCUGAACAGUCUUUAUAGAUAUUUCGUGUUGAAUAGUUGAAUUUUUGUAAAGUUGUGAAAAUAAAAGAAAAUUUAUAAUAGAAAGUUAAUAAGUAGCAGAAGAAAAACAAAACCAUUAAGAUUGCAUUAGACAGUUGCAAUAAACAGCAUUCGAGUGGAUAAAUAAAACUGGUUUUACGAUAAUAAAAUAAAACAUUUUUCAUAAGAAAAAGGAACAGGAGAAGAAAACAAAAUUAAAAGUCAUGAUGAAGCAAGUAGCAUUGCGCGAAGCCACAGAGUUUCGUGUAACAGAUCCAGCCAAGCCAGUCAAACUGUUUCAAAAUUUACGUGACAAGACAGCAUCUGUAGAUCCAAUAACAGUUCCCGCAUUAAUGAAUCGUACUGUUGAAAAUUAUGGAAAUCAUCCAGCACUAAUGACUAAAGAUCCAAUUACAAAGAAAUGGCAAACUAUAACAUAUCGAGAAUAUAAAGAACGAGUUGAAAAGAUGGCAAAAGUCUUCAUUAAACUCGGUUUGGAACGUCAUGGAACUGUCGCUGUUCUCGCAUUCAAUAGUGUUGAAUGGUUUGUGUCGGAACUGGCUGCAAUUCAUGCUGGUGGCACCAUUGCUGGAGUUUACACAACAAAUUCAACAGAGUCAGUUCUUUAUGUGCUCGAGAGUUGUAAAGCAAACAUUGUUGUCGUUGACGAUGCUAAACAAAUGGAAAAGAUUCAUGCAAUUAAAGAUAAAUUACCACAUUUGAAGGCAAUCAUUCAGACCUUAUCACCUUAUGCACCUUAUGUUAAACGUGCUGAUGGCUAUUAUCGGUGGAGUGAACUUGAAGCUAUGAAUACAGCAGACGUUGAGGAAGAGUAUCAAGCAAGACUUAAAAGCAUUGUUGCAAAUGAAUGCUGUUGCUUGGUUUACACAUCAGGAACAACUGGACAGCCAAAAGGCGCUAUGCUUACACACGAUAAUUUCACAUGGGAUGCAUACAGUUUUACAGUCUAUGUUGAUGGUCUACAAAUGGGAAAAGAAGUUCUCGUUUCUUAUCUGCCACUGUCACAUGUUGCUGCACAAAUUAUCGACAUUUUCAUUUCAAUGACAAUUGCCGCUACUGUAUAUUUUGCUGAUAAAGAUGCACUUAAAGGAACUUUAGUGAAAACGUUGACUGAUGCUCGUCCUACAUGCUUUCUGGGUGUUCCACGUGUUUAUGAAAAGAUCCAAGAGAAAAUGAUGCAAAUUGGAGCACAAUCAGGUGCAUUAAAACGUGUUGUUGCUGGUUGGGCAAAAAGUGCUACUCUUAAACAUCACAUGGAAAGAAUGGCUGGUCGUCCAUCUGCUUCUCUUCAAUACAAACUUGCGACAAAAUUGAUAAUGAGUAAAGUCAAACAAGCUUUGGGCUUCAGUAGAUGCAAAUACUUUAUAACUGGUGCAGCUCCAAUGAGUGUUGACACAAAGAAAUAUUUCAUGAGUCUUGACAUGCCAAUUUUGGAAGCUUUUGGAAUGUCGGAAUCAACUGGAGGACAUUGUAUGGGACAAUUACAUGACCCAACAUUUGAAUCAAUCGGAAGAAAUGCACCUGGAACACAAACAAAGAUUGUUUGUCCUGAUGAUAAAGGACACGGAGAGAUUUGCUUGCGUGGACGUCAUAUAUUUAUGGGAUAUAUUAAUGAGACAGAAAAGACUAUGGAAGCAAUCGAUGAUGAUGGCUGGCUACAUACAGGAGAUAUUGGAUACAUUGACAAUGAUGGAUAUAUUUUCAUUACUGGAAGACUUAAAGAGAUCAUUAUAACUGCUGGAGGUGAAAAUAUUCCACCUGUUCACAUAGAAAAUCUCGUCAAGAGUGAAUGCUCAGCGAUAUCUAAUGCAUUACUUAUUGGUGAUAAGCGUAAAUUCCUUACAAUGUUAAUUACAUUAAAGACUGAAAUGGAUAGCGAGGGAGCACCAAAGAAUGAACUCGCACCAGAGACUUUAAGAUGGCUUGAAUCAAUGGACCUUAAAUAUACAACAUUAAAAGAGAUUCUCGCUGCUGGCCCCGAUCCAAAAGUUAUGAGUUCACUUACAGAAGCCGUAACACGUGCUAACAAAAAUUCAAUCUCAAAUGCACAAAAGGUACAGAAAUUUGCUAUAUUACCACACGACUUUACCAUUCCAACGGGUGAAUUAGGACCUACAAUGAAGACUAAGAGAAGUUUCAUUGUCGAUAAAUACAAAGAAGUUGUUGAUAAAUUCUAUCAGUAAAAUUAUUAUGUUGUCUCAAUUAAUUAAAAGUUAUAAAAAAAUAUACACAUCACAAAUGCAUACAGUCUAAUCAUAAUUUUAUGUCCAUUUGCUGUUCGCAAUAUGCCAAAUUACAUUAACUUUCUUACAUGAGAUUUAGAUUAUUUUCUUUCUUGUGCUUAGAUAUUAAUUAAAGCGAUUAAAAGAGAACAAAAGAAGCUAGUGCGUAGAUGUAGAACUCGCACAUAAAACGCAAAAAAUUCACAGUCAACAUGCGUUAAAAUUAAAUAAAUGUCAAUUUUUGGGUCUUUUUGCUCUAUUAUAAUUUAAGUUAUUUAAUUAUGAGUAUAAUAUACGAUUUUAUUAGUAUGCUAUCAAUAGAUUUAUAAGUCAGUCAUAGAAAAAGAUGUUUAAUAAUUGUUUUAAAAUUAUCAAAUUUUAUGUUUUAGCUCCUUUGAGAGCUAGUUUAUGUCAUAAUUAUAAUCUCGGGAAAAUACAAAAAAAAAUAUGUAAAAAAAUGGGUUGAUUAAGACUAAAAAGAAAUGCAUAAAAAUUAGUGAUAAUGCCUAUACAAUAAUUAAUUUAUAGCUUAAGGGCAACUUUUUAAAAACAAUGUUAGUUUAUAUAAUUAAACAAAUCAUACUUAAAUUCAUAAGCUUAAUUCAUAAAAUAAAUGAAAAGUUUACAAUUUUCGUGUCACAAAAUGUGCAUAAACUGAUUGUAAUUCACAUACGAUAAAUAAAAGUAAAUAAUGCUUUAUAUAUAAAA